UCCUUGUUCCUGGUGCAAGGCUCCUAAAUUCCAAACUAUAGUUCCGUGCUUCCGUUUCCUAGUGGUUUUGUCCACAAGUGGAACUAUGCAGAAGUGUGAAGAAAACAAGCAGUCAGGUAGCAGUGUAGCACUUGUCUUCUACGGCACUACCACAAUCCAUCACCAGCGCCACCUUCCCAGCUCCCAAGUCCCAAGUAGCCGCAAUAAUGGUAAUCACGGCUCUGCAGCUUCUCCCUCCAAUCCUUGGCCUUCCGGCGACGGCGAGAAAUGGCUACGCCGUCAGAAGGCCACGGAUGAUGACUGUGACUUGCUGCAGGCACAACCAGGCAACCACUGUACAUGAAUCAAGGCUAACAAGCAGUUUAUCCCGUAGAGAUGCACUGUCAUACAUGUCGUCUGCGUUCAUAGCAACGCUUCUGGUGGCUGGUCCUGCAGAAGCAAGAACCUCCAGGCAAGAGAACAAGAGAAAAGUAAGGGAGAAGCUGGAGAAGCUCCGGGAGAAGGCACUAGGCCCAGAUGAUAAAAAUGGAGCCAUCCGUAAGAAGGAAUCUUUGGCGAACUUGUUGAUUCCUCCUAAAUUGGUCGAGGCUACCAUUUGAAAAGCCAUUGUAUCGAUGUGAACUUAUAUUCAGACGUUAAGGAACAAUAAUAUGGAAGUCUGAAUAUAUGGUGCUCCUCUGAACUGUUGUUGCCAACUCGCCAUCACUCGUGUAUGAAAUAUGAUACUAGUUGGGAUCUCAAUCCAAAUUAAAUUAUGCCUUUUCUAUA